AUGAACGGUCAUGACACCGAUGACCUGACGGCCGCUGGAAUCAUUCUUCACCAUUUCAGCCAUGCUCAUGCUGUAGCGGUCGGAGAACCCUGGAGACCCUAUACAGCCGAGGAGUGCGCGGAGCACGAUUACGACGGUUGUGAUACGACCGGAGAUCGUGCUUGUACUCUCAUCAUCAAUAACCAGACAAGGAAUGACGAUGAUGGGAGUAUUCCAGUCUACUCGACUGCUGUCGGUGGUAUAAUUUUCAACCCGCAGAAAUCGACGAUGAUGUGCGCAUACUCACAGGAUGGCGGUACCGAUGACCGUUAUAAUCGUGGUUGUGGAUGCCACCAUGGUGAUACUGCCUGUGAGCAACGUCACACGAACAAUUCCUGUGUCCUCGAUGCCAAGGCCGGUGUUGAAGACUACGACGUUUGCUGGUGGGGACCUAAUGAUUUGAAGCAGAUGCUGGAACGUCAACAGGGUGUCUACAACGAAGUGGUUCUCGACACGACGCCGUGGCUCAACAAUCUCCCCGGCAGCAUCGAGGCAUUCUUCUACGUCAAGGAUGCGGAGAAGCUUAAUGACACCGUCGAUGCAUACCACACUUUCCGCAAUUCUUAUCCUGAUGCGUGUGUCCCCUUGUUGGAAAUGGAUAUUCACGCAAACGAAUCUCCCUUCUCAUACAGCUCUCAUGUCAACGACGGUAAGACCCAGUGUAAGUCCACUGUUGAGUACCAAUCACCUUCUGGAGAGGAUUCAUCUCCCCCGAGUGACACUACGAAGGUACCAUCUUCAGCUGACAAUAUCCGUACAUCUUUACCUCUUGUUGUGAUUGCCAGUAUUAUAAGUACACUGUUGUAUUAA